AUGACACUUUACCUUCCCGAAAAAGAUUUCAUCACGCACAACCACUUUCGAAGCAUUUACAACGCCCUCACAAAAAUCCUCAUGGCCUCCCUUGCCACGAAUACAUCUAAUUUUCUAUUUCAGAAAUGGUAUAUCAGAUAUUUGAGUGAGGUGGCUGACGGUCGCCUCGAGCUGCCCCCCUACGAAGAGAGGGAGGAUGGCUCGAUCAAGAUCUACUACGGGGAGCUCUUCUGUCGGGUGCCGGACUGCUCGAAGUCGCAAAAAAAAUACACCGCAACCAAUAACCUUCGCACUCACCUUGAAACUCAUGGCGAUAUUAAAUUGCAGGAGGGAAAUAGUGGUGGCCGGGUGCCCCAGAAGACAGUCGAUGAGGCUACAAAAUGGUACAAGUGGUUGUUCUAUGCGGUGGACCCGCAGGAUGGUGGCGGAGCAAGUACUUCUGCAGAUACUCACUUCGUUUGCGCUAUGUCUGUUGAUGCAGGUACCCCUUCUUUACCAGUAAAAAAAGAUGGCACUGUCCAUGUCACAAACAUGCGCAAGAAGGUUGCUGAAAUGGGGCGCAAGGUUCCUUGCAGUUCCUGUGGAAAUCGCAAUGAUUGCUGCAAGGAUAUUAACAAAUGUGCCUACUUUGUUCUUUUUGAUUGUGGUAAUAUCACUCUGGAGCCGACAAAUGGAAACUAG